CUGCAUUCCUGCUUCCCUUGUUCCCUCAGGGGAGCCAUGCCAGGGCCAUGCUCUCUGCUUAUGGUGCUCCUCGCCUCCCUGGGAGCCAGGGCUCUGUCCAUGGCUGCUUUUUGCACUGCGGAAAGGCCAGAUUGGGGACGCGGUGUGUGAUUGCCGCGGACUCAGUUGGUGAAGAAGGAGAUGGCUGCAGGCCUAUGUCUCAAAGGUGCUACAAGAUCUCUCUUAUUGUGGCAGUGUCUGACCAUCUGGAUUAAUAUGUCUGAAGCAACCACACAAUGUUACUGUCCAUGUUGUUGACACAAACAUUAGUCUGAAAUGGGAAUGGGAUAAUCCUUGCAAUCUCAAUGUAACCUUUUCAGUCCAGUACCAAGGAAAUCCAGAGGAUGAAGAAAGGAGCCCUGAAAAGUGGUCAGUGAUUUUGAAGUGUCAAAAUAUAACAAUCAUGGAAUGUGAUCUCUCUUCAACAAUGCUACAUUAUCUUGAUGAGUAUAUUGUGAAUGUGAGAGCGGAAACCACAAAAGGUCACUCUCCCUGGGCAAAUUUAACAUUUUGUCCUUAUAAAGAAGCGAAGAUUGGUCCCCCAGGUGUGUGGCUUGAGUCCAUAAAUGGAAAUGAGAAAAUUAACAUUUUACAUCCUGAAGCAAACCAAUCAAGAAAAAUGUGGGAGUCAGAUAAUUUAAGCUACACACUCACUAUCUGGAAAAACUCAUCCCAUCCUGAGGAAAAAAUUGAGCCUGUUUUUCCAGGACAAUUUAUUCAUGGCCUUGAACCAGAGACUACUUAUUGUCUGAAAGUGAAUGCACAUUUGAUCGAUAACAUCGGUUUAAAUAGUGCAGUUUACUGUAAACGAACCCCUAAAGCUUGGACUGGUCUGCCUAUUCCUGAAAACCUUCGAGUACAUGCCUUGAAUAUGAAGUGUAUCUUAUAUUGGGAUACUCUGAAUGAGGGAAAUGUGAGCUACCUGGUACAGUACCUCUUGGGACACAAUUCACGGGCCUCUCUUGAUAUCUCAAAGAAUUGGGCCAAUGUAACUGGAUGCAAAAAUGUCCAAACUGCACAUUGUGAUAUCUCAUCUUCUGUUAGUUUUGAUGGAAUUUAUUAUUUCCAAGUACAAGCUGUGCAUAAUGAUAAGAAAUCACCUUGGUCUAAAAUGCAGCAAUUUGAACCUCAAAAAGAUAAUCAAAUCGGCUCUCCAAGCAUCAAAGUUAAUGCCAGUGAGGAAUCACUUCUAAUUUCCAUUGCUUCUCCUGGAGAAACUGAAAAUAAUCCCAUGAGUAAACUAUAUAAAUUGACUUACAGUAUUUGGUACUGGCCAAAUUCUUCAUAUACCAAGAAGAAAGAACUUGGGGAUAGAACAUCGCCACCAUAUGUGAUCUCAGGCCUGAUUCCAUCCACUCUAUACUGUCUUAAAGUGCAAGCAUUUUCUCGACAAUAUAAUAAAAGUAGCAUGUUCAGUAAUGUAGAAUGCAUUGAAACAGCUAAAGGAGAGUCUUUAGCUUUACACGUAAUAAUUAUAAUUGCAAUUACCAUAGCCAUUGGUGUAGUGGUAGCAGGUUUAAUCGGUUUUACAUAUUACAUUGGGAAGAAAGUCAAAUAUGCAUUUUUUCCAAAAUGCAGCCCUCCUUUGACCAUAAAGAGCAUUGAAGGAAAAGAUGUGAGCAGUUCCUAUUUGCUGACUUCAGAAGAACCAAAAGAAGACUGUGUUGUCAUUGUUGACAGUAGUGCUCCAAAUGAUGUUAAUCUGGUUGAUGUGAAAGACCAUAAAGAGUUGGAAGAGAUCAGCCAAGACUCAGGAAACUAUUCCAAUCAUGAUGAUAUUUCUGGAGAUAAAGAUUCCUGUAAAAUCACAGAACAGAAAGCAACAUGAGUCUUGACAGUAAUAGGCAGAAUCUAGAAGAUGGAUAUCACAAAUGUUGUAUCCCAAAAUAGGCUAGCAGGUGGCAUUCAAUAUUUUGAAUUUUGUUUACUGCUAUUGGAAGAACUGCUGGAAUAUGGAGAACAAACCUUAAUAUCUGUCUAAAACAUAAUGGGAAAAUGUUUACACCAUCGUAUUAACUGGAGGUUGGUGCUUAAAUGUGUGGUAAAACACAAAGAACAUCCUGCGGACUGUAAAUUUAUGCUGGUAUGGAUACCAAGUUGAUUGUUACAGUAAUAGUUGUCAAUAUUAAUAGUCUUCUGCGCAUUAUGGACUGCAGCAGCUUCCAAAGUACUGAAAGGGUCUCCAGCUUUUCACAAAGAGGAAGGCACUUCUUCUCUGACCAAAUGUAUGCCAACAUUGUGAGUGUUGGCUGAUGUUGGUGAUUUACAGCGCACAUACAGAUUACUGGUGCCUUAAUGUAAUCUUAUGCAAGUUUACAAUUUCUUUUGUAACUACAUAAUGGUACUGUCAAGAUUGCCAUAUAGCUGCAUGUAUUACACUCCUGAGUUAAACAUUCUUUAUAGCUGAGGGAUAGGAAUCCCUUUUGAGCCUGGAGUUGAAUCUCAAUUUGGGAAUAGUUUCAAGAUCUGCAUUCCAGCUAAGGUGGGGUUAAGGGGACAGGACAGCCCAAGUUAAAUGUACAUGAUUUAAUGCAGGAUAGUCUAGGGCAAUCUUUACUGUUGGCAAUCAAGAAAUCAAAUGACAAUCAUUGACCAAGCUAUCAGUGUUUCUCAGAACAUUUUUUAAAAAUGAUUUCUGUAUCCUUUGUUUCUUAUCUUUAAUCUUCUAAUCUGUUUUCUUUGAUGGAAGGAUGAGUAUUAAUGUGUACCCAUUGAAAUGUUCUUUUCUUACAGGAUAGCAAGAGUUUAGCAACAUUGAAUAGAUCCAUUGUGUUGCUACUGAUAUAAUGUUAAUGAAGGGGGAGGCGAUGUGUGGCUGCAUUCAUGCUGGCUGCAAUCCAUUGCUUUUAAGUCUUCAUUCUGCUCCACACCAUCAUGGUUUUGCUGAAAUUUGAGCUCCUGAGGCAUAUGCUACGCAUGAGUGAUUUUAGUGAGGUUGAGUACAAAACUGACUGAUGUGGGGUGGAGAGAAUAUAUUUUCGUAUCACUCUCCAUUUGUAGCUAUAAUGGAACAAAAAAGAGUAGUCAGUGCAUGGUAUUUGAAUGCCCACCACCUUCGAGCUUUAUUUUUAAUUUUCAGAAAGUGCAUCCAGGAAGCAUAUUUUUAUCUGAAUGAAUACUUUGGCUAAAAGUGAUUUUGGGUACUGUGGGCGAGGCUAAGGGGCCUAGCUUGGGAGUGGCUCCUUUGGGAUCCAUGGAGAGCUCACUAUCACAACAGAAAAUAUGUGUACCAGAAGGGUUGCCAUUGAACAAACAAAAAUACUUUAAUGAGGUAGUUCACCAAACAAAAAUUCCUUGGCCACUGCCUCGGCUGGGGCGUCUUUCACUCUAGACUUAGAGAGCUCAUGGUUCUCCCUUCCUCAAUUACUUCACUGACGUCCCCCCCCCCCCCCGGGCUAUCUUUCCCCCGGCGAUAGGCCUCAGAAUGCUCCACUUCUGACUUCCCAGGCACACCGGGGCAGGGAGCAUGUUCGCACUUCUCUCCCUUUAGCUCCCACCAGGUCCCUUCUAGGUUUGCCAGACCCCAGACAGAGCUUUCUCCACUGGGGCUAUAGUAGGUGCCACCAAACUCCCCCUCCCAAUGGCGAUUUGGGAGAUUAACUGGCUGAUAACGGCCUACCCGAGGGUGUCCUCAAGAAAUUUGCAAGCUGAUCGGGCAUCCGACCCAAAAGGGAGUGCUGGUAACCUGUUCUUUCCCUUUUCCGUCCGCCUUGCUAUGUCCCCAUCUUCCACGUAAUCUCUUCCCCCUGGCCACCUGCCCCUCUCUCCUUAUAAGGGCCCUUGGCUCCUCCUCUUCUAUCCGGGUCGUUGCCUUGCCCUCACAUUUGUCGCCCACCUGUCUCCUAUUCUCCUCCAACUCCCAUCCCUCUGUAUCUUCUGGGUCCUCCUGCCCCCUUCUACCCUCCUCACCCAUUCAACCCGCUCCUGCUUCUCCAACCCUCUACAGGUACAUAAAGAUUUUUUUCAAAGCACAAAACAGUGAAGUGAUGUAAGUAGAUAUUGUAGUGUAAUAGUGAACUAUUACUAUUUUGCUGAAUUGCUAAGUCAUGUAAACAAAACCAAAUGAAGAUUUUGGAAGGCCAAGAUGUAUGAGGGCACACCUGUCAGCACCCUGAUGAUGAUGAUGA